UAGCGUCUACAGUCAGAAAUCCAAUUUUCCCAUUACGUCUUCUCCUGGCUCUCUCUACCCAGGUAUCCCUUCCAGAAGGAAAAAAAAAAUUGGUGGAGGAGAUCUCCAUAGUUCCGUGUCUUCUCAUGGCCCUUUAACAAUAUCUUUGUGUUUUGUUUUCUUUUUGUUUCUUUCUUUUUUACCCCAUUCUAUUUACUUACCAGGUACUGGGGGGGAAUCCUUAGAAACAUAUUUUUUUUUUUUUUGGAGGGUUUUUUUUUUUUAUUGUUAUUUUUGGUAUUCUUUUCCUGGGAAGUUGGAUUAUGCUUAGGAGCAAGCCGGAGAUGCUGGGCUUGGAUGUCUGUGAAUUUGGUGGGCAGCUUUUGCAACUUAUGUGGCUGACUGUGUGCUACCGAGACAUCAUGGCCGACAAGGAUGGGAUCAAGCACGGUGAGGAGGAGGCGGAGGAAGAAGUUGAACCGAACUACAAGCCCCCAGAGAUGAAAUCUGUGCAGGAAAUCCAGGAGCUGGACAAAGAUGACGAGAGUUUAAUCAAAUACAAGCAGGCGCUGCUGGGCCAACUGCCUGCUGUAGUGGAUUCUAAUGCCCCCAAUGUUCAAGUAACAAGGCUGACACUCCUCUGUGACGAGGCCCCUGAACCAAUCACAAUGGACCUUUCAGGUGACAUAAGCCAUUUAAAGGACAAGGUCUAUCUACUAAAGGAAGGUUGCAGCUACAGGGUAAAAAUAAGUUAUAAGGUGAAUAAGGAGAUUGUUUCCGGGCUAAGAUAUGUCCAUCUCACCUACAGGAAAGGAGUUAAAGUUGAUAGUGAAAACUACAUGGUCGGAAGCUACGGGCCCCGAGCAGAAGAAUACGAAUACCUGACACCCUUGGAGGAGGCGCCCAAAGGCAUGAUAGCCCGAGGCACCUACCUCAUCAAAUCCAAAUUCACGGACGACGACAAAAGCGACCAUUUGUCGUGGGAGUGGAAAUUGGCCAUAAAGAAAGACUGGAAGGACUAGGGCGGCGAGGCGCAACAGUAACUCCCCUUUCUUUAAUCGCGCUAAUAAUUACAGGCAGAUAUUACCCUCCCAUAUUAAAAUGUACAAGGCAUAUCUUGGUUUCUACAUCUGUUUUCUAAUAGUUACUUAUAGUUUCUAAAAGAAUGUAAAGAUGGUAUUUAAUAAAAAAAAAAACAAACAAACAAAAAAAAAAACUAAAUUCUAUAACCGAAUGUUUGUCGUGGACAGUGAAACGUUCGUAGAGUUAGCUCAGUCGCUGGCGUUUUCUGUGCCGCCCUCCAUAUUGCCGUGUUGCCGUCUGUGUCGCUUCCAAUAGGCCGUCGCGGUGACGCCGCGCGGGAAGUGGGUUUUAAUCGUGAUUGGUCCAAGGAAUCCUGUAUUUUUUAUGUUCAACCAAUGUGCAUAUGUGAUGGAAUAUAAAGUUCUGCUGAUAAUGAUGGAA